AUGAACGCGGCUCGCAUGGCCCAGCUUCUCCCGGCCUUCGACCGCCAGGAGCUUCGCAGCACCUCGCCGCGCAUUAUAGCGUAUCAAGAAGCCAUCAAGUCCUGCGGUGAUAUACAGCCCCAGAGCCACCCCUUCUUCCGUCUGGACAUGUCCAAUGCUUUCCUCGAUCCCAAGGGGUACAAGCUCGCUCACAUUGCUUUUCCUUGUGACAUCGCUUUCGUUGGCUGCGUCAUUCUCACCGAGCCUUGGCUUGUCCCUCUGGUGUUACCGCCCAACCUUCGCGUGAGAUAUCCAAAGAAAAUCGCUGAGAUUCAGAAGUACGUCACCGACCUGCGCGAUGGUUUGAUUACGUUCGAGCAAGGUCGCGACAUGCUCUACGACCUAUGGGAAUUCUUCCAGGACUUUGACAUCCGCACUCUGGACCGUGUCAUUGCAGACGUUUCCCUCUACGUCUUCCACCGCAACGCGAACAACAAGUUCGGCUGCCCCUCUCACAGGAAGUACUUCACCAAGCUAUCGCAGAUCGCGGCCUACACGAAUUGGUACUCGCAGUCUGCUCUCGCCCUCGAGGCCGGCACCCAGCUCUGGGCUCUCGUCCAGCUCAUGCAGCUGGGCUGCAAGGGAGCCAAGAUGUGCACGCGUACCGCGACCAACGACAGCUGCAUGUGCUUUGUCCAUGUCCACCCCCUGUUCCACCUCUCCCAUUACCCCAGGGCCAGGGAUGUUCGCCAGCGUUGGGCUUGCUCUGGAACCGGUGUUUACGACUUCAACCACCCCAGGAAGUUUGCGAUUAUGUCGACGGCCGACAAGGGCUGGCUCCAGCACGACAUUCCUUACCCGGGCGAGGAGCCCAAGGCUACGGUUCCCAUCUCACACCUUGUGGUCAACAAGACGAUCGAGACCUCAGCGCCGCCUACCGCGAUCCUGACGCCCGUGGCCUCUCCUUCGACCUCAACCCGCGCGUCCACCGCCAGCUCUACCCCGCUUCACACGCCGACGACUCCUUACACUCCCUGGGCCCAGCUCGUUGCGCCCCCCGUGAAGACGACCAAGGCUGCCAAGAAAGUCAGGAUUGUCACCCCGCCGGAGACCCCGCGCCCCCAGCAAGCCGUCGUGUGCAACGAUUACACCGAGGAGGAGGCGGCCGUUCUCGCCAUGAUCAGCCGCAGUCGCUACCACAUCGGCCGCACCUCGCUGGAGUGGUAUGCGGAGUUCCAGGGCCCCGGUGCUUCCAGCAGCGGCUUCCGUACCAAGAAAUAG